AUGCUGCUGCACGAGUCCUUCUUCAGUCUCAAGGGCGUCCAAGAACGGCCCGUCUCCGUCGCCACAGAAUUCAUGGAGUCCGAUUUCGACGAGGACUACAUUCUGAGCGACGACGAGAGCGACGACGAGAGCGUCGACGGCGGCAACAACUCCCCACGGGGGAGCAUGAAUUCGUCGGGCCAGCCAAGUUUCACCACCGUCUCUUCCUAUGACGAGGUCCCGACGCCUCGAUCAAGUCGCAUGCACACGGACCUCCCGCUGGUCACCGACCUGGCCAAGCCUGUUGAAGGUCCCCGCGGCCCGCACCUCUUCCGCAUGUCGAUGCUCUCCGCCGAGUUCCAGACCGCCCUCAGCCUAUCGCCCCUCACACCGAAAGCCCCCUCCAGCGCCGCCGUCGCCUUCCACAUGCAGCAGCAGCAGCAGCUGCUGCAGCAGGGCCACAACAGCGUGCCUCUCCCGCACGGCAUCACCCCGCUGCCUCCGACGCGCCAGCAGCAGGCCCAGGCCCAGAGCGGCCCCUUCCGCUUCUCCCACGAGGAGCUUGACACCGCCACCCUUGCCGCGUGGUCGCCCGAGAUGGUCGCACAGUGGAUGCUGAAUGCUGGCAUUGAGCUUCCGGUCUGCGAACGCUUCAUCGAGAACGACAUCACCGGCAGCAUCCUGAUUACGCUCAAGUUCGAAGACCUCAAGGAACUCGGCAUCCCCUCGUUCGGUGUCCGCACCAACGUCUGGAACCAGAUCAACGCCAUGAAGAACGUCAAGACCGCCGAGCCGCGGCCCGACACCCCCAUCGAGGACGAGCCCGACCGCGAGGUGCGCCGUGAACUGCGUCGCGAGGUGAGCGUCAAGGACGGUCUGAACGGCGGUAGCAGCGGCAGCAGCGGCAACAACAAGCCCAUGCGCCGCUGCGCCAGCUCUCGCCGCAGGAAGCCGGCCCGCGCCUCGCCCGGUCUCCCCAUGUCCGCCGACGAUUCCAUCACCCCGAUGGAGUCCGUCUCCAUCGUCGGCAUUGAGCAGAUGAUGCCGAAGCCGCACCAGUGCUCCAAGGGCGAGAACUGCAGCAAGUGGCGCCGCAACCAGCGCAUGAUGGAGGCCUUCAAGAAGGACCACCCCUUUGUCGACGUGGAAAAGGGCGGCGUCAUCAUGGUCGCCGGCGACCCCGGCAACCCUGAGACGGCCCGCGCCAUCGUCCCCAACGACGACGUCUUCCGCCCCAUGUCCGACGCCAUCCCUUCUGUUGUUGCCUCGUCCGACGUCAUGGGCCCGGGCACUCUGGUCCAGGCACCAAUUGCGCUCGAGGAGGAAAGCCUGCGCGCCGUCCAGUCGCGCGAUCCCCAAGACAACGUGCGCCAGUUCCUCGACUUCCAGCACCAGCACGUCACGUCCAGCGAGGUGCCCCCCACGCCACCCUUUGAGCUGUUCCCCAGCCGCGUCCAGCAGCCGCACGAGGGUCUGCGCACGCUGCCCAAGCUGGCCAUCCCCUCCCAGCUGCGCCAGACGCACACCGUCCCGGACAACCAGGCCUUUUUGCAGUUCCAGCAGCAGCAGCAGCAGAAGCAACACCUGGAAGAGCAGCAGCGCCUCUCGGCCGGGGCCGAGGCCGGCGCUGUGGCUGUUCUCCCAAGCACCUCCUACCCCCUGUCGGCAGAGACAGCGUCCGCUGCACCGACGUCCACCACGUCCUACACAAACACCGCCAUCGAGGAGUCUCCUGACAGCCGCACGCCGACUGCGCCGUACCGCUUCGGAACGCCCUUCACCGAGGUCGACGUGCCCGUCACGGCCGUCCCGCUCGGCCCUGUCGCCCGCGAUGCCUCGCAGUCUGUCCCGCCCGACAUGAACUACCGGGCACCGCUGGCCCGCACCAUGUCGCGCGCCUCGGCUCGCCGUCCGUCGUUCCCGGUUCUGCCCUCGCUGGCCGAGAACCAGGUGUCCGCGGCCCCGCGUGUCAUGCCUGCCGGGAUGCCCCGCGCCGCAUCGGCCAUGGGCCACCGCCCGACCUACCGCAGCGUGAGCCCGGAGGGUCUGGGUCACGAACAGAACGCCGGCAACAACGCUGGCGCCCGUCACCUGCAGCCGCCGCCCCGCGUCAAGUACCCGUGGUCGCCCGACCGGGCUACCUUUGAGAAGGCGAUUGCCCCGCUGUCUCUGAUCACGUCGACACUCAACUCGUCGUCGUCGUCUCUUGCCUCCGCCAGCACGGGCACGCUCGGCUCGGCUGCAUCGGCUGUCUCGGGUGCCUCCACGGCCAUCACGUCGGCCGGUGGCAGCAUGCACAGCGCUGCUUCUGCCUCUGGCGGCAUCAGCUACCAGGGCGAGGUCAAGAAGCGCAAGACCAAGAUGCUGCGCCACGAGUGGAACGACCGCUACGUCACCCUCAAGGGCACGCGCAUGGCCAUCCACAAGGACAAGGCCAGCAUGCACCACAGCACCCUCGAGUACGUCGACAUUGACGACUACGCCAUCGCCUGCUCCACCAUGGCCGCGUCCUCCAGCAAGCUCAACGCCGCCUUCAAGGCCAUGAACAUUCGCCGCGGCAGCGCCGACAACGUGGCGUCGGGCUCGUCCAAGAACGACGUCGCCGCCUUUGCGUUCCAGCUGAUCCCCCAGGAUGCCAAGGGCGGCGUGCGCCUCAAGAAGCGCGACAGCGCCAUGCCGGUGUCGGGCAGCAACGGCGUUCUGACGCCGUCGUCGGCGUCCAUUCUGUCGUCUGCCGCGUCCACAUCGUCCUCCGCGCCUGCGCCCCUCGAUGCGGUCAACGGCACCGGCAAGACGCACCACUUUGCCGUCAAGAGCCGCGACGACCGCAUCGAGUGGAUGCGCGAGCUGAUGCUGGCCAAGGCCAUGCGCCAAAAGGGCGAGGGCUUUGAGGUCAGCGUCAAUGGCAAUAUGAUCUAG